UAUGUUCGGCUUACGAUGACGCACUUUGACUCCGCCUCGCGCGUUCCUUUCCAUCCGCGUGCCCGUAAGUUAGCUUGUGUCCACGCCGAGGGUCUCCAUCAGGGAAGAGAAAUGCCGUCAAAAAUCAUCUUUGACAGUCAGGAAGAAACUAUGGAUGAAGAACUGGACACUGUGGCGGACGCCAAAGCCUCAAAGAAGAACAAGAACAAGGAGGAAAAGAAGCUGAAGAAAAAACAGCAGCAGUUGGAGGAGCAGGAAGAUGCUGACUGUGAGGCCCCAGCACCAAAAAAGAAGAAGAAAAAAGACAAGGUGGCAGUGGAAGAACUAAACGGCCACACAGAAGAGGCCAAUGGUUUUAGCGAUGGUGUAGAAACGCCGAAGCAGAAGACCAAGAAGAAAAAAGAUGGCGACACAGAUAAAAAACAAAAGCAAAAAGCAAUUGCAGAAAGUGCAAUCAAAGAACAUUCCACCACCAACACACCAUCCCCGUCCAGUGAUGACUCCUGCUGUGACAGCGAGAAAGAAACGGAAGAGACUCCAGAACAGAAAGAAGGAGCAUUUUCCAACUUCAGAAUCUCUCAAGUCACAAUCAAUAAACUGAAAGCUCGGGGAGUUUCUUACCUUUUUGAUAUUCAGGUGAAGACAUUUAAUCCUGUUUAUGAUGGGGAGGAUGUAAUUGCUCAGGCGCGCACAGGAACAGGAAAAACUUUCUCCUUUGCCAUACCUUUGGUGGAGAGGCUGCAGAAAGAAAGUGGAGGGAUGGCUCGAGGUAGACCCCCCAAGGUCCUGGUCUUGACUCCUACCAGAGAGUUGGCCAUCCAGGUGGCUAAGGACUUCAAAGACGUCUCCAAGAAGCUGUCCAUUGCUUGUUUCUAUGGAGGCAGUUCAUACAACCCUCAGAUCGAUGCAAUUCGCAACGGUAUUGAUAUUCUGGUUGGAACUCCCGGCCGCAUCAAAGAUCACCUUCAGAACAAUAAACUCAACCUUUCUGAACUUAAACACGUGGUUCUGGACGAAGUGGACCAAAUGCUGGACAUGGGCUUUGCCGAACAGGUUGAAGAAAUUUUGAGUUCAUCAUACAAGAAAGAUGGAGAUACCAACCCACAGACUCUCCUGUUUUCAGCCACUUGCCCCCCUUGGGUGUAUGAAGUGGCCAAGAAAUACAUGAGACCAGGUUGCAAGCAUGUGGACUUGAUUGGCAAAAAGACCCAAAAAGCUGCGACUACUGUUGAACAUCUGGCUAUAGCAUGCCACUGGUCACAGCGUGCGGCAGUGAUAGGCGAUGUCAUCCAGGUGUACAGCGGCAGCCAUGGCCGAACCAUCGUCUUCUGUGAAACUAAGAAAGAUGCAAAUGAGCUCUCAAUGAAUGCGUCCAUCAAACAGAGUGCCCAGACCCUCCACGGGGAUAUUCCUCAGAAACAGAGAGAGUUAACACUGAAAGGUUUCAGAAAUGGAGCUUUUGAGGUUCUGGUUGCUACAAAUGUCGCAGCUCGUGGACUAGAUAUCCCUGAAGUCGACUUGGUCAUCCAGUCUUCUCCACCUAAGGACGUAGAGUCAUACAUCCACCGCUCAGGUCGUACAGGCCGAGCGGGCAGAACUGGAGUCUGCAUCUGUUUCUACCAGAGAAAAGAAGAGGAACAGCUGCGCUACGUGGAAAACAAAGCUGGCAUCACGUUUAGACGAGUUGGUGUACCGACCUCCAACGACAUCAUCAAGGCAUCCAGCAAAGAUGCCGUCAGAUUUCUGGAUUCCGUUCCGGUCACAGCCAUUGAAUAUUUCAAAGGGUCUGCAGAAAAACUGAUCCAGGAGAGAGGAGCGGUGGAAGCUUUGGCUGCAGCUCUGGCUCACAUUUCAGGAGCCACAAGUCUGGAGCAGAGAUCCCUGCUCAACUCUGACGCUGGUUACACCACCAUACAGAUGACGUGCUCGCAGCAGAUGCAUAAUCUGGGUUAUGCCUGGAGAAGCAUUAAAGAACAGUUAGGAGACGAGUUUGAAAACCACAUUCACAGAAUGACGUUCCUUAAAGGCAAAUCAGGAGUUUGCUUUGAUGUCCCAGUUGAUAAAGUCAAAGAGAUGAUGAGCAACUGGCAAGACGGUCGUCGCUGGCAGCUGACUGUAGCCACAGAGCUCCCAGAGCUGGAGGAGAAGCAGCUCGGUAACCGUGGUGACAGGAGCUUCGGGGGUGGCAACCGCGGCGAAAGAAGGGGCUUCAGAGGUGGAAGGGGAGGAGGGCAAUUUAGGGGGAAUGGCAACAACAGGUUCCGCAACAGUGGAGGCGACUUCAACAACAACAGUAACCGAGGAGGACACAAACGCUCCUUCAGUCAAGCUUUUGAUUACUGAACAGGCUCAAAGCCUUGCAGUGCUUUUAUUGGCUGGUAAAACUUUCAUUAUUAACCAGGUCCAAGGUAUCUUCAUUCACAAGUGAUGAGUAUACUGAUAAAAACCAAGUAAAAUGUUUUUUCAGUGACCAGUUUAGUACAUACUUGCUCCUCUGACCAGUAUAUUUACUCAACAGGCCAGUGAGGGGUGUUUGUAAUCUUUUUAAAGUUGAUGCAUCAACUCAAAAUCAUGAAAGGAAAUCCUAAAAGGAGAAAAGUUACCUUUCUUUCUCUUCUUUUCUUGGGGGGGAUGUUAUAAAAAAAAUGUUAGUACUUUUACUUGGCUGUACUUUUCCGACAAUUUGUAAACCUAACAUUUUUUAAAAAUUACAUUGUCAUGAUAUUUUUAGAGUUUGUGGUGCCAUAAUACGACACUGUACAGCGGACGCCAUAAUGCAGGAGUCACUCCAGUACCCCCAGCUGAGAUCGCCCUCCCCGAGAAUGUAUUUACUGAUUGCCUUGCAAUUGUUUUCCUUAAGAGCUGUCAACAUCGUUCAUUCGUUUGAAUGAAAUUAUUCAAUAAAAAAAGUGAACUCA